CAUUCGUUCAGCGUUAGGUUUUCUCUUUCAACCACUGAAAACCCCAAUUUUGUGAUUAGGUCUGCUCUGCUCUGCUCUUCGAUGGUGAAUUCCGAUUGUCUCUCCGACGGGAAGAUCUUCCCGCCGGGGUUUAGAUUCCAUCCCACGGACGAGGAGCUCGUGCUUUACUAUCUCAAGAGGAAGAUCUCCUGCAAGCGCCACCGCUUCGAUGUCAUCGCCGAGACCGAUGUCUACAAGUGGGAUCCGGAGGAUCUGCCUGGGAUGUCAAAGCUGAAAACAGGUGACAGACAAUGGUUCUUCUUCACUCCUAGGGAUCGAAGAUACCCGAAUGGAGCGAGGUCCAAUAGGGCGACAGGGCAUGGGUAUUGGAAAGCCACUGGUAAGGACCGUGUUAUUACAAGUGGCUCUCGUGCGGUCGGGAUAAAGAAGACACUUGUGUUCUACAGAGGACGAGCACCCAAUGGGGAACGAACAGACUGGGUGAUGCACGAGUAUACAAUGGAUGAGGAGGAGCUCAAGAGAUGCCAGGAUGUCAAGGAAUACUACGCUCUGUACAAGGUUUUCAAGAAAAGCGGGCCCGGUCCUAAAAAUGGCGAGCAAUAUGGUGCUCUGUUCAGGGAAGAGGAUUGGGCUGAUGAUGAAAAUGAAGUUCAGCUAAUAAACCCCAUUGAAUUGGUCACGCCUGUGAAGGAGGUAAAUGCAAUCGGGCCUAAUAGUAAUACUAAUGUAGCUAAACCCGUAGAAGACGAGCUGGAUGAGAUCUUGAACCGAAUAGCAGACGAGCCAAUUCCUAUUCAGCCUAUAGAUUUUGAUAAUGACUUUUUAAGCGAAUUCGUCGACAAUGAUGGAACUUCUGGGGCUUUACCUUACCAUUCCUCAAGAGACGUCUCUUUACCAGGGAUUGAACUGUUUGACCAUCAAGAAAAUGUGCCUGCUGGUAUUGACUUUACACAGUCGGGCAUGACUCAGUUGCAGUUUAAAGAGGCAAGUGAAGUGCACUCAGCCCCAAUCAGUAACGUGCAAGAUCAUCUUUUUAUUGAAGAGGACUUUCUUGAAAUGGAUGAUCUAAUAGGCCCGGAUCCAACCACGCAAGUUCCUGAUAAACCCAUGGAUAAGUUGCAGUUCGAUGAAUUUGGUGGUUUUUCUGAGUUUGAUCAGUUCGAAGAUCCAUCCUUCUUCUGUUCCGAGGCAGGAGUUGAGUCUAGACAGAUGUUGCAGCCACAGAUGAACAAUUUUGACAGUGGCGUAAUGAACAUAAUCUCAAGCGCCGACCAGAAUAACCACGACAGUAUUAACAACCACCUCCCGGGGCAACAAUACAUCAAUUCCAACGAAAUCAACUAUCAGCUGUGGGGUGACGAGCCAAGCAGCAGUGUUGUAACAAGUGCAGAAGCAUAUCAAGGGUUCAUUCCUCCAUCAAGCUCAGGUGUUUUUGAUCAAAACCAAAACCAAAACCAAAACCAAAACCAAAUUCAAAAUCCCCAUGGUUAUGAAAAUGGAAGUGGGAAACAGGACGAUGGUACAGACUCAUGGUUCUCGACUUCACUCUGGUCCUUUGUGGAGUCUAUACCAGCAGCUCCUGCUUCGGCUUCUGAAAGUGCUUUGGUAAAUAGGGCUCUCGGGAGAUUGUCUAGCUUUAGAAGGAUAAGAAUCAAUCCCCGGAACACGAAUGUUGCUGCUGCUGCUGCAGGUAAUACCCCUGCAACUGCAACUUCGAGAAGGAGCUUGGGAAAAUCUAGAAUUGGUUUCUUUAUGUGUUUUUCUUUACUUGGGGCUUUGUGUGCUGUUUUAUGGAUGCUGAAUCGAUCUUCGUUGAGAUUGGUUGGCAGAUGAUAUAUAUAUAUAUGAUGUUUAUGUUUGAAAUAACCAUCAGUGUAUGUAAAUGGGAAGAUUUCUUCUGGUGCCCUGGCCAGAAGCUAAUGAAAGAGCUUUUUGUUAAGAAAAGAAAGAUUAAAAAAAAAGAAGAAGAGUAUAUAUUGUUUAUGAGCAUUUUGAUUUCA